UCGAGAUAGACAUAUCUAUCAUAGAGCCAUAUCUUGAUACUAGCCGAGGAGUUCCGAUUGGAAGUUAAAUACUCUUCUUAACUUAAUACCAAACUGUUGUCUGCUACGAACUGGCAAGCGAUCACCAAAAUGGUUUUGCAUGCAAGGAUAUUCAGAAGUGUAUUGUCAUCCCGAUUUUACUCCAAAAUGCCAAACCCGAAGGUUUUCUUUGACAUUACUAUUGGUAAUGCUCCUGCCGGAAGAAUAAAUAUGGAGCUGUUUGCUGAUGUUGUCCCCAAAACUGCGGAGAAUUUCCGUGCUCUCUGCACUGGCGAGAAAGGUUUCGGAUAUAAGGGGAGCAAGUUCCACAGAGUGAUUCCAGCAUUCAUGUGCCAGGGUGGGGAUUUCACACGUGGAAAUGGCACCGGGGGCAAAAGCAUCUAUGGAGAGAAAUUUCCUGAUGAGAACUUUAAACUUACACACACAGGCCCUGGUAUCCUCUCUAUGGCCAAUGCUGGACCAAACACCAACGGAUCUCAGUUUUUCAUCUGCACUGUUAAAACUGCAUGGUUGGAUGGGAAACAUGUCGUUUUUGGGAAGAUUGCAGAUGAUGCCAGCUUGACCAUUGUUAAGCAGAUUGAAGGCAUCGGAUCCCCAAAUGGCCAACCAUCAGAACCUGUUACUAUUACCAACUGUGGCGAACAUUAGUGAUGAACUUGGCAGUAAUUUCACUGUCUAAUAUAAUAAUUACUUAAUUACCUAUAACUUCAUUUAGUUUUAUAUAGCUAAACAUAAGGAUACAUGCCAUAUUUAUAGAGACCUCCACAGGGUUUUUUGUCAUAAGUCUAUGUUUUUUUAACAAAGCUUAAAAAAUGUGUGAAUAUCUCAUACAUGCCAUAUUUCUUGAAGACUUUGGAGUGGAUUUUGAUAAACAAUCACUCCAGCGUAGGCAUGUUCUAUUUUAUAAAGCAUUUUAUUUAAACUAGCAGUUCCUAAAAAGCACCUUAUUGAGUAUAUAUGUUGUAAGGAAAUACAUUGUACUAAGCCAUCAAAUCUAAAAUAAAAAAAAAUUCUGGUAGAUCUUCACAGGGAAUAUGGCAUGUAUGCAUAAGCAAUGAAUUAUUUUUCAGUUCCUAUAUCAUAUUAUAUAAAGGUCAUUUUGUAAAGAUUUAUUUUUGUUAUUCAAUAUUUUCUAGCAUUUGUUUAUGUUUUUUAGAGCUCCUUAUAUGUUCACUUCUUUCAACAUCUAAAUAAAUCAAUAUAAAUAUUA